AUGCAAACCAUAAAGACGGUGGAGACCCAAGUCCCCUUUCUAAAAGAGAGUUUCUUCACUACCACGUUCAAAGGCCGACGGAAGAGCAGUGUUACCAAUAUCCUCCGUAAACAGCAGCACUCUCUUCUUAAUCAACAGCAGUGCAUUUUAGAGCAUCAGCCACACAGUCCUAAGCUCUUUCAUUCUCCUCCAGUUGAAAAUGGACCGGGGCAGCAAACCCCCCAGCAUCAGCGACUUGCUCGCUCAACCAGCAGCCCGUUAUGCAAGGCAGCUGAGAAUGCAGAAGCAGAUGGGGAUAGAAAGGAGGAGCAAAAAGAGAGAAAGGCUCAGAAUGUGAGAGAGGCUGAGCUGGAAAGGGGGGGAGAGGGAGCAGUGAGUGGUAGUGAGCCCGUGGCUGUCACUGCCAGUCUCCUCCUCCUUUCAUCAUCAGCCUCAGCAGUGCUGGGGGAGCCAACAUCAUCCUCACAGCUGCCGUUAACUGUGGUGGGCAGACAGCAGGGAUUAGCUGGCUCUGAAAGGGCUCUGACCAACAGAGGACCGGCUGCAGCAGUAGCUCACGAGGAAGCCGAGCAUGCCCAAUCUCGACCCCAGCAUCAUGGCCUAUUAGCCAAAGGUGUUCGUCUACUCAGGAACAUGGGGAACCAGGAAGCAAAGCAGAAGAAAGGAGGAGCCAAUGGUGGACCAACAGGGGAUGUUUCUUGUGAUGGUGAGGCAGAGGAACGAGAAGUGGACAAAAAAUCCAAAAAGUCCUACAAUAAAACAAAUAAAGGAGCAGGAGAACAUGGUGGUAAGAAGAAAUCAAAGUCUGAGUCAAAGGGUUCUGUGUUUUCUGGAAUGAAGAUCAGGAAGAGUUUAUCCAAGGUGAAAGGGUUGUCUAAGGAUGAUAUGUUGGAAGAUGGGAGAUCAGCACAUGUUGGCAAAACAGGGGUCGAGUCUGGUGCAGAGAAAAGCCUGUCAGCUGAUGAGAUGGGCAUGCUGUCAGAUGUCGAGGGGGAUCUAACCCAUUUAACUGCAGACAGCCACCAAUCUAUGGGCGAUGAGACUGGCCGGAAGACAAGUUCAGGGUCAGAUGCUGAACUCUACAGUUUUCACUCAGCGACUGAAAGUGAAGACCUGCUCUCUGAUAUCCAGCAGGCCAUGAGAGACCAAGGUGUUGCCAGUGAAAUUGUUACCAGACACUUAUCUGAAGUGUCUGGUAACAAUAUGUCGACUUUGGAGGGGAGCAAAGUUCCUGAGACUGGAAUAUCUCACCAACUAUUUAAUCUGGAUGAAGACUGUUUCUCCCCACCUCUUGUACCUCAAGAACUGAAUGAUAAGUAUAAGAGACUGGAGAAGGAAAGGAGUGACAUAUCUAUAUCAAGAAUUUCAUCUGGUCCAGGGUCUCUGAGUGAGAGUGGUCCUUCAUCUUCUGCUCCAGACACAGAGAGAAGCAGUGGCAGCCUUUUUCCAAAAACUAACAGCACUUAUAGCUUUCAAGACACUACAGCCACCACCACCUCAUAUGAAAGUGCUGAGGAGCCCCAGGAUGAACUGGAGAGCCUGUUUUUGACUCCACAUCAGGGUCAAGGUAGUCAGGCUGUGCUUGACACAUCAUGUGACCAUUUAGAUUCCAUAAUGGUAGGGACAGGGCCAACUGGUACUCAAAAAAGUGCAAGCAGCAUGGACCUGUCUGUUGAGAGGGAGGAUGAAGAAAGUGGUGGGCGGGACUUUCUGUCUCUGGAAAGGAGAAAAAAUAGUCUGUCUAUUAGCCACCUGAUAAUAGACAGUCCCCCUGUUUUUCAGCCUAGACGAAGAUCAUCCAACUCCCCCUCCACUGUCAAAUUCUACCCACCAGUCCACCCUUCCUAUAUUAAGACCACCACCAGGCAGCUCACCUCUCCAGUUGGCUCCCCCAUUACCAGCCCCAACGUGCCUCGGAAAACAGAUCCCAUCAGUGGAUCACUGGAAUCCAACAAGGUCCAAGGGUUUAGGAGACGCAAGCAGAGGUCCUGCUCCAUAGCUGGGCCGCACAGUGUGUCUGCAGACUGGUCCGCUGAGGUUAAUGAGCUUAGUGGAAGACAUGAUGAUGGGGCCAAAUUUCCAGAUCAGGAGACCACAGAGAAGAGUUACACAGGUGGGACUUACUGGACGCUGGGGUCUAGGAGAGCACACUAUGGAAAGCAGACGUCUGCUGCUCCAGUACCCUACCUGGAUGUCUUCUCUGGUCACGCUCUUUUGGACAGGCUGUGUAUGCAUCAAGGAGAUGGGUCCUCCGAAGAGGAUGUGAAAGAACUAUGUCAACGAAUGCUUGUCCAGGGUCUCCUGCACCCCUUCAGCAACGGGCGUGCAGAGCUCCUUGGUGACAGUACUGUGUCACCAGUUUUUAAUGAAGAGCAGCUGUACACCUGGGCAUCUGUAGGCUUGCCAGUGUCUCCUUACCUUUGGGAACUCUAUGGGGGGGCAACCACAGGCAGGGUACAGAGCUUGAGAUCCUCUUUCCAUCAAUCCUCAGCUAAAACACCAGGUGCUCCACACGUUCAGACAGAAUGCAGCAAGUUGAAGUCAGGUCAGUCAUCCUCUGAGGAUCAAAGCAGUGUCAUCCCACUGCUGGAGAGGACCAUUGAUGACCUGCGGAUUAAGAUAGCUGUGUUGCAAGGCCAGCAGGCCUCCCUGGCAAAGGGCAUCAGGGAUAAUAUGGGAGCUCUGGGCAAUGGUCACCACAAGGCCUCACAGAUAAAAGAAGGACGACUGGGGAAGAUGAGCCAGGAGGUGUCUAUCCAGACCUCGCCUGUGGAAGAGGGAUUUAAGUUUGAUGUGCCUUCAAAUGGACGGACUAGCAGCACGCCGUCCUCCAUUUCACCCUCCAUCGUCAAAUCUUCAGAAGGCUUUGCCUGCACGUGCCAGCAGAGGCAGCAGAGCAGCAUCCAGUCAGGUCUUCCUCCCCCUACAGUCUCUGGGGAAGCUGACCCUGCCAAGGCUAUGAUAGAACCCCCCAAGCCAAUGAAGCCACUCUACUGGACCCGCAUACAGCUGCAUGCUAAAAAACAUACUGGCUCACUGGUGUGGGAGAAAAUUGAGGAACCAACUGUGGAUUUUGAAGAAUUUGUGGAGCUAUUUUCCAAAAGCACUGUCAAGGAGAAGAAGAAGCCAAUUUCAGACACAAUCAGCAAGUCAAAGGCCAAGCAGGUGGUGAAGCUCUUAAGCAACAAGCGUUCACAGGCUGUAGGUAUCCUCAUGUCUAGCAUUCAUCUUGAUAUGAAGGACAUAGAGAAUGCCAUUCUAAAUAUGGACAAUACUGUUGUUGAUCUGGAGACUCUGCAAGCCCUCUAUGAAAAUAGAGCUCAAGAUGAUGAGAUGGACAGCAUUAAAAAGCACAUUAAAUCUGCCAAAGGCAAGGAAGAUGCCAAACCACUAGACAAGCCAGAACAGUUUCUGUUCCAGCUAUCACAAAUCUCCAAUUUCUCAGAAAGGGUGUUCUGCAUCCUUUUUCAGUCAACCUUCCAUGAAUGUAUCACUUCAAUCCUCCGCAAAAUUGAAAUCCUUCAGAAAGUGUGCAAGACUCUCCAGAGUAGUGAGGCCGUAUUGCAGGUGCUCGGCCUGGUGCUGGCUUUUGGCAAUUUUAUGAACGGAGGAAAUCGGUCUCGAGGGCAGGCUGACGGCUUCACCUUGGACAUUCUGCCAAAACUGAAGGACGUUAAAAGCAGUGAUAACUCCCAGAGUCUUUUGUCCUACAUUGUUGCUUACUAUUUAAGGCACUUUGAUGAGGAUGCUGGCAAAGAGACAUGCGUCUACCCUCUGCCUGAGCCCCUGGACCUUUUCCAGGCCUCCCAGAUGAAGUUUGAGGACUUUCAAAGAGAUCUCCGCAAGUUGAGGAAAGACCUCAAUGCAUGCUCCGCUGAAACGGAGAAAGUUUGCAAAUUGUCCUCUGAAGAGAACCUGCAACCAUUCAAGGACAAGAUGGAUGAAUUUCUCAAUCGAGCCAAAACUGAACUGGAAACGCAGGAGAACCAGCUAGCAGAAACUCAGAAGAUUUUCUUGGAGUUGAGUGUCUCCUUCUCAGUCAAACCGAAGGCAGGAGAGAAAGAAGUCUCUCCCCACACAUUCUUCUCCAUUUGGCAUGAGUUUUCCACAGAUUUUAAAGACCAGUGGAAGAAGCAGAAUAAGCUGAUCUUACAAGAGCGGGUCAAAAUGGCAGAGGAGUCUUUUAAACAGGCCAGGCAGAAGGCUUCCUACAAUGUGACACCCAAACAUGCAACUGGAAUAAAAGCAAAGUUGGGUAAGAAGAUCUGAAGCAGACAAUGGAAAAUUAUCAUCACCUAGCCUAUUGCACAAGCUGUGUUUGUACAAUCUGACACGAGUCAUCAGUCAUUUUUAGCGUUUAUUUGCUCCCAGUAUUUGUUUUCAAUUGGUUUAGGGCUGUCGAGUGUGAGCUGGUUCAAAGUGUAUCGUUUAAACUUGGGAUUAAAGCUAAUGUCCUUACCCACCAUUUCACAAAAUGAAACGAGUCUGUGUUAUAAAAAGGCAUCCCUAAGCUGAUUACUGAACUCAAGUUGCAUGAAAAUCUGCUAUAAAUACUUGGUGUUCCUUUUCUGUUGUUUUUGGUGACAAGCUUUAUCAGUAUACAUAAUAUGUAGCCAUUUUUUUAUUGCCAUUUCCAGAAAAACCAUUAACACAUUGUGUUCACAUCUCCCUUGAUGGUGAAAAGCACAGGAUUUUAUAAUAUUUCUAUAUGGUGCCUUAUUGCAUAGUGGAGACUUUAAAUGAGUUGAACAAAGCUUAUUUUUGAGAUGCAUCAAUUGUGAUUCAAUGAUACCUACAAGGAAGAAAAGUCUGUUUACAUGGCCUGAAAAAUAACAAAUUUACUCCUUUCAAUAUUUUCAUCUGGUGCGUUUCAACUGCGAAUUCUACGUGUUUUACAUACAGCACCUCUUCUAUUAGUGUUUUUCAUUUAAAAGGUCAUGUCUUUCUAAGUCAUGUGAUCUGAUAGAUCCCCACUAUUGUUCUUUUCAACAUUAAUGUAAAUAUGUUUUCUUUCAAGAAAAAUCCUAUGCAGGUAGUUUCACCUUUUGUGUUAUGUGAAAGAGUGUGAAUAUCCAUAGGCUAAAUCAGCAGUAGAAUCAUGUGAUGUGAUUUUCAUGUACAAUACCAGCACUGUGUUUUGACUGAAUACAUCUGACCAUUAAAAAGAAUAUAAAUAUAUAUUUAUUGAAUAAAAGACAGUACCCUGAUUUUUGUAAUUAAAAAUUCUGUUAUUGGUGAUCAAUUUCUGUUUAUCACAUGACAAAUUAUAUGCACA